AUCCUCAGAUUCCCCGUUAAUCUCUCCUCAGAUACAUCAUCAUCACCUACAAUCUCUUCUCCACUAAUUCUAAUCAUUUUCUUUAAAUAUGACCCCUUUGUCUUCUGUGCCAAUAAAGAUAUCAAACAGAAGCAAACCUCACAGUCACACUCAAACUAUGAAGCUGUGUCCAGAAUUCAGUGACUCCUAUGUUGUUGGGGUGAUCUUCACAGUUUUGUUGGUGGGAUUACAAGGAGUGAGGAUUGUUGAAUGCAAAGUAGGCAAUGAACUGGAUUGCCUUGAGUACCCUGCUAUCAGCUGCAGAAAACACAGUGCAUUUUUGAGUGAUUUUGGUGGUGUUGGAGAUGGAAAAACAUCUAACACCAAGGCCUUUCAAAAUGCAAUUAGCAACCUCAGUCAUUAUGCAUCUGAUGGUGGAGCUCUACUUGUUGUGCCACCAGGGACAUGGCUAACCGGAAGCUUCAAUCUCACAAGCCAUUUCACCCUUUUUCUCCACAAAGAAGCUACCAUCCUUGCAUCUCAGGAUGAAUCAGAGUGGCCAACACUUCCUGUUCUACCAUCAUAUGGCAGAGGAAGAGAUGCUCCUGAUGGAAGGUUUAGUAGUCUCAUUUUUGGAACUAACCUCACCGAUGUAGUAAUCACUGGUUACAAUGGGACAAUUGAUGGACAAGGAUUUUACUGGUGGGACAAGUUCCACAAGGGUGAAUUAAAACUCACCAGGCCUUACACUAUUGAGAUUAUGUUCUCUAAUCACAUCCAGAUAUCAAAUCUUACUUUGAUCAAUUCUCCAUCUUGGUUUGUCCAUCCAAUUUACAGCAGUGACAUCAUAAUUCAAGGACUGACCAUUCUUGCUCCUGUUGACUCUCCUAACACAGAUGGAAUAAAUCCAGAUUCUUGUACCAACACAAGGAUUGAAGAUUGCUAUAUUGUCUCUGGUGAUGAUUGUAUAGCAAUAAAAAGUGGGUGGGAUGAGUAUGGAAUAAAAUUUGGAAUGCCAAGCCAACACAUAAUAAUCAGAAGGCUUGAAUGUGUAUCCCCAGAUAGUGCUAUGAUUGCUUUAGGCAGUGAAAUGUCUGGUGGAAUCCAAGAUGUCAGAGCUGAAGACCUUAAAGCUAUCAACACUGAAUCAGCAGUUAGAAUAAAAACUGCAGUUGGAAGAGGUGCAUAUGUGAAAGACAUAUUUGUUAAAGGAAUGAACUUGAAUACCAUGAAGUAUGUGUUUUGGAUGACAGGUUCUUAUGGCUCACACCCUGACCCUGAUUUUGAUCCCAAAGCACUUCCCAACAUUACUGGAAUAAACUACAGAGAUGUCUUUGCAGAUAAUGUAACAUAUUCUGCAAGACUUGACGGAAUUGCUAAUGAUCCUUUCACAGGAAUCUGCAUUUCUAAUGUCACUAUCCAUAGUGGUGACAAGAAAUUGCAAUGGAAUUGCACUGAUGUUGAGGGUGUCACAAGCAAUGUGUAUCCUAAGCCUUGUGAAUUGCUGCCAGAGAAGAAAGAAAAAGUUGAGUGUCCUUAUCCAGAUGACAAAGUUCCCAUCGAAAGUGUUCAGCUGAAGACUUGUUCCUUCAAAAGUUUCUCAUUCUUUUAAGAGAAUGAUAUAGUCAUUCAUAUGGGAGUUUUUGAGAAAUGAAAUCAAAUCGAUCUUAUAGAAUAAGUGGUAUGUUUUCCUUAUUACCCAAAUGAUAUUUUUAGGUUUGGAAUAUCCUGAUAUCAAUAUAGUGGAAAAUUCAAGUGUAUUGGCUCAUACAAACUGAAAAAUCCAUGUUGUGAUAAGAAGAAUACUAAAUUACAUAGGAACAGUACUGUUGUUUUGUUGCCAUUUUCUGAUGGUAAUUGCUGCUGUUA